AUGUCAGUUUCGUAUGCAGUUUCCCGCGUAAUGAGGCGCGCGUCGCCGUUCCUUUUUCAAAAAAGAUACGAGUCGACGGUGGCCAGUUUGACGAAAGAUGAAAUAUUGUUACUGUUAAGACCUCCAUCAUCAAAUUGGAGUAAUAUAAUUAGGGACGCAGAGAAAGUAGUCGGAUAUCCGACCUCAUUUAUGAAUUUGAGAUGUCUACUGAGCGACGAGUUUGCUAAUUUGGCGUCAUAUUUAAGAACAUUGGUUGGCAGUAAUCAUCUUGUAAUGCAAACAGCCAAGAAUGUUCUUUACGGUGAUUCCAAAAAUCUACAGCCUUGGGGACUCAUCAUCUUGUUACUCUCCAAAUCAGUGAAGAACAACUCAUCACUUCCAGUGAAAAGAGUGGAAGAACAACAGCGGGUGUUGGCGGAACUAACGGAAAUGAAUAGAACAGGACACUUGAUUCAUCGCGGGAUCGUGAAUGUACCUUUCGCGAAACGAUCGGAAAAUACAGAUUCUGCAAUCUUCGGGAAUAAAAUUUCUCUUUUACUUGGCGAUUACCUUCUAGUUACAGCAAACGGUAUGCUAGCAAGUUUGAGAAACUCUGAUGUGUCUUAUAUUAUAUCUUCAGGAUUAAAAGAUCUGUCCGAAGGUGAAUUCUUCGGUGAAAGAGAUGAACAAAAUAUGCCAUUACCAGGAAAGCCUAAAUCAACCGGUGAAGACUAUCAAAUCACAUUCGAUACUACUUCAAUUAGCGUAGAACAAGUAAUUGGGAAAGCUAUGAGGGAGUGGACAGCUAGAACGGUUUUUAAUGGAGCCAGUCUAUUGGGCAGAGGAUGCCAAUCAGCAAUGGUUCUAAACGAACAGAGUAGAGAGAUGCAAAACUACGCUUACCAUUUCGGAUGUCACGUCGGUUUAGCGUGGCAGGCUGCUACCGAAUUGCAACAGUUAACGUCAGACAGCAAGGACCAGUUUUGCUUGGCAAGUGCUCCUGUACUUUUCGCGCUAGAGGGCAAUCCAAGUUUGUACGAAAUAAUCGAUCAAAGUAAAAAUGACGUAAAAGACGUUGAUUAUGAAGAUUUGAAAUUCCAUAUAUUGAAGACAGACGCGAUAGUUAAAACGAAGAAGCUUUACGAGGACCACGCUAAGAAAGCAACUGCGUACAUUGAAAGUAUGGGAGAGAACGAAUCUGUGGAUAUGAUUAAGAAAUUGGUUAAUACGUUUUGA